GGCACAUAUGGUUUUUUCUGAGGAAGCCGCUUGUAGCACUCGCUGGAGGCAGGUGGAAACGGUGUCACCUGAGUUGCUACACCUUCGCAUGGGGCACGCGGGGAAGCAGCAACUACUGGAGUGUGUGAAGAAGGGGGAGCUGAAGGGGGUGGAGGUCAAGGAAGGAGCUGGGCAGCAGAGAAAAUGUCCUGACUGCACAUCUGGAAAGCUGCCUAGAACCUCAUUCCCUAUCUCCUCUGAUCAUGCCUCGACUCCCCUUGAGCUUGUGCACACGGAUGUGUGUGGACCGAUGCAAACUCCUGACCGGGAAAGGGGCAGCAGGUACUUUGUCACCUUUCUUGAUGAUUUCAGUCGACUUAGCUGGGUCAUCUUGGUGAAGACCAAGGAUGAGGUGGCAAAGGUGUUUAAGCGGUGGAUACGCUAUGUGGAGAGGGAGUCAGGGGCCAAGGUAAAGGUGUUAAGGUCAGAUCGGGGUGGAGAGUACCUUGGAAAAGAACUUCAAAUCUUCGUGGAAGAAAAGGGUAUUUCCCACCAGCUCUCUGUACCUUACACGCCGCAGCAAAAUGGGGCAGCGGAGCGGCUUAACAGGACCUUGACCGAUUUGGCUUGGGCCAUCCUUGCCCAUGCCAAGCUUGAUAACACUUGGUGGGGGGCAGCAGUGCAGUAUGCCAACUGGGUGAAGAACAGGAUGGGCAGCAAGGGGCUUGGAGGCAAGAGCCCAUACUCCUUAUGGACAGGGAAGGUGCCAAAUGUUUCCAUGGCACGAGUGUGGGGGUGCAUGGCACAGUAUAAGGUUCCUGACCUGCAAAGGAGGAAGCUAGAUCCUAAGGCACAGUGGGGGAUUUUCCUUGGGGUUUCUGAGAGGAGCAAGGCUUGGGUGCUAUGGAGUGUAGCUGACCAGCGUGUGAUGGAGAGCCGUGAUGUGAUUUUCCAUGAGGGGCUGAAUUAUAAGGGGUGGAAGGAGCGUGGUGCAAGCCAUAGUGGGACUUCCAUUCAAGACCCUCAUACGGCCUCUAUCUUUGAGGGGGCAUGGGAGGACCCUGGAGAUGAAGGGGAGGAGCAGCAGGAGGAGCCAGAACCAGCUGAUUCUAACCAUGAGGAGUCCCGAGAGACAGAUUCUACCCCUCAGCCAGCCACGCAGGCCGAUGCGCAUGAUGUUCAGCCGGAGCAGCAUGUGCCUUCAACUCCAUCGAGAAGCAGUUGGCAGGAGUUGUUGGACCAGCAGCUGUCCAAGACUCCGAGGACUCCAAUGAAGAGGGUGACUUGGGAGGAGAAGCUGCGGAGGCUGGAAGAAGGAGAGGCAACAACUCUGCGACGCAGUGCUCGAAUUUCCCAGCCACCUGAAAGGUUUUCACCGGGGCACAUUGCACGCAUGCAUGAUCAUCUUGUGUCUGAUUUGGAUGAUUGCGUGCUUGUGGACAUGCAUGGGCAUGAGUAUGCUCUUGAUGUGUGUCUAAUGGGUCAGGUGCAUGAGCCUAGGUCAGUCCACGAGGCGCUGAACCGUCCAGAAUGGGUUGAGUCCAUGCAUGAGGAGCUUGAGUCUCACAAGGUAAAUGGAUCAUUUGAGCUGGUUGAUCCAGCAGUGGUACCACCUGGUUUCGAGGUCCUCAGGUGUCAAUGGGUUUGGAAAUACAAGCAUAACCCUGAUGGUACCGUUGAGAGGCCUAAGUCCAGAUUGGUAGUGAUGGGAAACAUGCAGAAAUUGGGAGUACACUAUGAAGAAGUGUACUCUCCAGUUGGGAAGCAUGCGACCUUGAGAGGUAUGCUUGGAAUUUCGGCUGCUUUGAAGCUUGAUAUCCAUCAUAUGGACGUCAAGACAGCCUUCCUCCAUGGGGAUUUGGAAGAAGAGCUUUACAUGCGGCAGCCUGCUGGUUUUGAUGAUGGGUCUAACCGAGUGUGUCGCCUCAAAAGGUCCAUUUAUGGGCUGAAGCAAGCCCCACGACAGUGGUACCUGAAAUUUGAUGAGGCUCUCAUGGAUUUUGGGUUUGAGAGAUCUGAGUGUGACCCUGCCUUGUACCACUUUGUGCGAGAUGAGGAGAGGAUCUCCUUAUUCCUCUAUGUGGAUGACCUUUUGCUCCUAUGCUCUAGUAAGGUUUUGUUAGAUCGAGUGAAAGACUUCUUAUCCUCGCGUUUUCGCAUGAAGGACUUGGGGGAGGUGAAGUACUACUUGGGAAUGCAAAUUGAGCGUGAUGAGAGUGGUAUCUUGAUUCAUCAAGAGAGGUACAUUCUUAACAUGCUUCAGUCCUUUGGUCUUUCAGAGGCCAACCCCGUGCGUACUCCUCUCCCGACAGGCUUUGAUAUGCAUGCCUAUGAGGAUGAACCUUUGCUGCGAGAUGAGCUGGUCAAGCUCUACCAAAGCAUUGUGGGAUCCCUCAUGUAUGCUUGUACUACCACACAGCCACAGAUUGCAUUCGCAGUCUCACAGCUAUCUAAGGUCGCCUCUUGUCCUAAAAUGUUCCACUUGCAGGUCGCUAAGAGAGUGCUGAGGUACCUGAAAGGUGGUGUCAAGUCAGGUAUCUUCUUCCAAACACAGCCCCAAUAUCAGGUCCAGCUGGUUGGCUUCAGUGAUGCCGACUAUGCUGGAGAUUCCGCAAGUCCCAAGAGCCACAGUGGGUAUGUGUUCUGCCUGAAUGGGGCAGCUAUCUCUUGGCAGAGCAAGAGGCAGCCCGUGGUGGCACUCUCUACCACUGAGAGUGAGUACAUAAGUCUGUGUCAGUGCAUUCAGGAGGGUGUGUGGCUGAGGCGUUUGUUUGGGGAGUUUGGCCAUGCUCAUGCUGGUGGUGUGCCUGUGUUUGUGGACAAUCAGUCUGCCAUUGCCCUUGCACAGAAUGCAUGCUUGCAUGGCCGCACCAAACACAUGCAGGUCCGGUGGCAUUUCAUUCGGGAGAUGGUGGCUGCGGGAGAGGUGAUUUUGCAGUGGUGCCCCACCAACCGUCAGGCUGCUGAUAUCCUUACCAAGUCUCUUCCAUUUGAGCGCCAUGGUGUGUGCAUGACCUUGCUCGGGAUGCAGCCCCAUGAUGACAGGGUUCCCGCAGCAGAUGCCGGCGUCUUGGUGCUCCUCUCCUUGGCGGACUCCAUGCUCUGGGUGGCCCCAACCCAUGAGCAAGGGGGAGUGGUGUGAAGUCUUUUGCCCUAUGGUGUUGAGCCAC